AUGCCUCCAGAUGAGGACGAAAGCCUUAAUCGGAUCCUGGAUACUCUGGGGUUAUCUAAUGUUCAGGUGACGCCAGAGCAAAUCAUUCAACUGCCUAUAGGUCUAGAUUCAUCACAAGAAACACAACCACCAGCCCCUUUCAUUCCCAUCGCGACUCCUAUGGCACCGCCUGGCCAACUGCCCUCAAACCUCGCUUUGCCCUUCGACACUACUGUGUUUCGUCUGGAGAAUGAUGGCACUAGCUACGUUCACCCAGCUUGGAGUCAACAUCGGGAAGUUGCAGCAAGUAAUAUGUCAGACUGGGAAUGGAGCUCUCCUGGCAAUGACGAUACCAUCGCGCCAAGCGUCAACGUGGCCAGCGUGCGUGCUCCAAGUCAUCCAUUACUUGGCUCCCAUUCAGUAGAAGCUCCAUUAAGUGACAAUGACGAUAGUACAUCGGGGACAACAGAAGAGGAUCUUCUCAACCAGCUAUCGGAUAGACUUGGUUCGUUACAUAUUGGGCCUAACGGGAAAAUCUCCUACUUUGGACCAACUUCAAACUUCAGUUUAGUUGAGAUGCCUCUUGGGAGUGACGUUUUGGCUGUGGACAGAACCGUACGCAAUGAUGGCCAAGAACAUCUAGACAACAUGGGAUAUGGAAAAACAAUACCGCCAGAUCUGGAAGAGCACUUGAUCAGCCUUUACUUCACAUGGCAAGAUCCAUUCUCGCACAUUGUCGAUCGAGCCUUGUACGAAGACGCCAAACAGAAAUGGUUUGAACGAGAGGAAGAUACUCCAUACUAUUCAGAAGCUCUUAGAAACGCAAUGUGUUCUCUUGGGGCUGCUUUUGAAGCACGAUAUCAUCCAAGUUUCAUAACAUUUCCGAAGUCUCUUCCUGAAUUCUUUGCCGCACGCGCCAAAACCCUCCUAGAGAUUGAGCUUGAUUCUCCUUCUAUCUCCACAAUUCAAGCAAUGGCUGUGCUCAGCAGUCACGAAGUGGGAGCGAAUAGAGAUUCCAGGGGCUGGCUAUACAGUGGAAUGGCAAUUCGCCUUGCUUUCGACUUGGCAUUGCACAAGGAUAUGACGCCUUAUGUUGUGAAGGGCGUCUUGACUCCCGCCGAAGCUGAGCUACGCCGAGCCGUCUUUUGGGGCACAUACGCAAUAGAUCAGAGUUUAGGUUAUUACAGAGGCCGACCGUUUCGCGUUAGCCUUGACGACAUUACAGUUGAGAAGCCCAGAGUAAACACUUCAGAAGUCAAACGUUGGUUUCCAUACACUUCACCGAACAGCGACGGCGGUCCUUCGGCAACUCUGGUCGACUUUGUGGAGGAUGUCAGCCUUCAAAGGAUAGGUUUGUGCGAGAUAAUGGCGCCGCUUGGCUAUACGUUGUGA